AAACCAAAAUGGACAAUCUCUACACACCCGGCAGAAACGGCGUGCUUACUUUAUCCUAAGGGUCUUUAUACAUUUUGGCUAUGAUUUAAGUCUGGUUCACGUAUAUUUUUCCAAUUAUGACUAUCUCAAAAUGAUGUGUACCUUUAGUAUAAAAUAUUAGCGCGGUGAAUGAUAAAAGGCAAAUAUAGCUUAACGGCUAAGCUAAUUUCUAACGCGAAUCAUUCAUUCUGCUUUGUUUACAUCGCGUUUUCCAAUCUGUACUUUCAAUUUAUAGAUCGCAUUAUUAACCAGAUUUUUGAUAAUUAAUGAUGACUCUAUGGUGUUGUAUGUGAGUGUAGAUCUUUAAGGAAUAGGAAGGUUUUGAUUGUGUAAACUAACUAGAAAAUAUCAGAAAUGGCUUUGGAGCAGCUCAGUGAAGUGAUCCAAAGAUGUCAAGCCCUCCCAGAAAACUCCUACACCUCUGAGGACUACGAUCUAUUCACUGUCGCAGGACGAACUUGUAUCGAGGAGGGCAACAGUCUGCAGCUGCUCAGCAUUGUGCUUGAUGAAAAGAACCAGGAAAUAGUGCAAUGUAUGGGCUGGAACCUGCUACCUCCUCUGGUACAGGUGUUACUGAAAAAGGAAAACAAAGAUCUACCUCACUGUCUGGCUGUUUUCAACCACCUGAUUGAGGUAUGUCGGCCUAAAGAGCUGUUGAUUGGUUUGCUGGAGCAGUUGGAGCACGAUGACCCAGACACCACUGCAGAAAGCCUCCAUCUACUGCUUACACCUCUGCAGAAAGUGCUGUUGAACCUGGGCGUGCGGAAGGCCUCCUCUCUGGGCAUGGCGCUCUCCUCAGUGCUGGAGCAGCUGUGUAAACUGCCUGUGCCUGAGACCACAGAACAGGAGCAGGAUGACGUAUUCUCCCUGGGCCAAUGCUGCUCCGAGCUCAGUGCUUUCAUACAGCCCUUUGUGGAGGAGGCUCAGCACAACCACAUCAGGGGGAAAGACAGUGCACAGAUGAUGGGAGACCUGCCACACAACGAAGACGAGCUCAGGACUGAACUGCUCAAGUUCUGUAUGCAGGUUCUGAGCCGGCUGCUGUUGGGGGUCCAGCUCAGAGAUAUGGACACAUUACCAGAGUCUCCUCUCAGGGACUUUGCCUCCAGCAUUCUGCUGAGUCUGCAUUCCAUCGGAGACUCCCUCCCCGCUCUGGUCCACCGGCCUCUGCUCAGACACAGGCACAUCCCGGGCUUUUUGGAAGAGGAGGUGCGAUAUCCCAAAGAGUCUCUGGCCUGCAUAGCUCACUUGCUGUUUGUGCACCACCUGCUGGCCGACAUGUUUCCUACAGUCUACAGCCCUGUGUACUGUCUGCGGGCUAAUAUGGAGCACAUCUGCCUCCUUCUGUCCAGAACUGAGGAGUCCAGAAUACAAAAAGGACUGGAGCUGUAUGAGAAGACCCUUGUGCGAGUAGAAGACUGUGGCCUCCCUGUGGAUCUGUUGGAGAUCAAGAGCUUCCUCUCUGUGCCUCAGAACUUAGUCAAAGUCAUGACAAUAUGCCCACAUCAGAAUUUGAGAAGUAAAGGUCUGAAGGUUUUUCAACUGAGCAUCGACAAGUUUAACACAGAAGCCAAAUAUAAGUUCUUCCAGUUAAUGCUGAAGACCAGUAAUCACUCAGGAGUGGAAGGAUACAUUAUCAAGAAUAUCAAGAAUCAGAUCGACUCAGCUCUGAAGGCAGGGGGAGGUAAUGUUUGGUUCGAGGGGCUGCACCUGCUCCCUCUACUGCGCUCUGUGCUGAUGCUCCCGGAUGGACCCGAGACCGACCUGCUCCAGUACAUGGACAGAAUAAUGGAGUCUCUGAAUCUGCUACGGUACCUGGUCAUCAGAGACAAAGUCACGGAGAACCAGACAGGGAUCUGGACAGAACUGUAUAAGAUCGAGGACACGUUCCUGAAGCCGCUCAGAGUGGGCAUCAACAUGUCCCGGGCCCACUACGAGAGAGAACUGCUCAUCACCAAAGAGGACAAGAAGACCAAGGCCAAAGAGCCAUCCAUUUCUGUGUCAGUUGGAGAUGAGAAGCUGCCCAACAUGACGACAGACACACACAUCAAGGCUCUGCACUCAGCACUGCACACCUUUGACAUGAUCGAGAGCGUCCUGGUGCGGAUUGAAGAGCUCGUCGAUGUAAAGGAGAAUGUUUAAACGUAAACAACAAGAUCAGUUUAAACCAAUAUCAUUUGUUAUAGCCGAUUAUCUCUUUGUAUUUCUACCAAGUUAAAAGGUUUUGAAUAAUUGGAAUAAAUGAGUCUACACUCACCUCU